AUGACCUCGGGGAGCACCGUCCCGUUGAAGAGGAACCUGUCCUCCACGUCCGAUAGCGACCGUGCUGAGUCUGGCAGAGUAAACCCUCCGCACGAGCCUCUUACGCCACCCGCCAGCUCUCCUCCGAGAGAGCCUCCCAGCGUUUCGCAAGAGGUCGGACCUGAAGUUGCCCGCCAUGUCUACCUGGAGUGUGCACAAAAGGCCCAUCCCGAUAUCACGCCGAUGGACGACUUCGAGAUCCUCAUGUUGGGAGGAAGCGAUCUGAAGGGCUGCACCACCGUGGCCGAGAAGCGUGGCUGGCUGGCGGCCAGGCGCACGGCAUUGGCGGAGGCGCUUGGUUCCGCAGAAGCGGUCCUACAGGGAGCCAAGCAGAUGUUGGAUCGCACUAUCGAGACCUCCGGGCGCAAGCCUGAUCCUGGGGACCCCAACGUCUACAUGCUCCCCAUCCACGGUAGCGACUAUACCAUGCGGAUGUGGCCGGGUUCCUUCGCGAGGUCGGAGCAUUGUCUGGAUUUCAUCGAGACUAAGACGGGGAAGGCUAUCAACGCGCCGGACGAUUAUUCGAUCUGGUUCAUGCCAGACCCGUCCGCUCCCUGGCUUCAGGGCGCCGGUCCCGUCGAGCUCGUCUCACUCGAGCGCUCUUUCGGUAUGCAGCCUGCGGAUAUUCCCGAGGGCGAGGAGAAGCUGUCUAGCACGUUUUGUAUCGUAAUCUCCAAACGAAUUGUCGUAUCUUCUUGCACGAAGUUGAACUUCAGUGGCUCGGGGGUGAUUGCAGUGGCUCGGGGGUGA